AUGACCUCUAGCACCACAGGAGAUCGAAGAUGGGGUACGGCAAGAAGAAGUGGGAUGACUAUAUUGGGAAAGGUUGCUGUUCCGAAACCAAUUAAUUUACCAAGCCAAAGGCUAGAGAAUCAAGGCCUUGACCCGAAUGUGGAAAUUGUUCCAAAGGGAACCCUUAGUUGGGGUAGUAAAUCAUCAGUGAAUGCGUGGGGGACAUCAUCACUGUCACCACGAACUGAAAGUGGUCCUGGUUCACCAAGCCACCUCAGUAAUCGCCCUUCUUCUGGUGGAAGUGUUACUCGACCUUCAACUGCGGAUAGUGACAAAGCGCAUGAUUCUUCUUCUGUUGGAUGGGAUUCAAACUCCCGGCCUUCAUCAGCAUCCGGGGUGUUACCAUCUAAUCAGGCAUCAGUUGCACUACAACGUCCACAUAGUGCAGACACAAGACCUGGAAGUUCCCAGUUAUCACGAUUUGCUGAAGCUGUGCCAGAGACUUUUGCAACACGGGGUCAACAUGGAGUUGCUCCAGCAAAAAAAGAUGGUUUUUCUUUGACUUCAGGAGAUUUUCCUUCUCUUGGCACUGAAAAAGAAAGUUCUGAAAGGAGCGCAAUGCCACAAGAUGCUGGACCUGGAACUCGUCCUGCAUCUUCGUCUGGAAGAUCUGCGGAAGAGCGAGGUGUGGAUUGCACAGAAGAAGUUAAUGCACGGAUUGGAGAUGACAGUGCCUGGAGAAGAGAUAAUCAACCAUACAGUGAAGAUGCACCUAGAUAUUGUAGAGAGGAAGGGCAAUUGGACCCUCGUGGUUCACACUCUUAUCCCAAUGCGCAUUUCCCUCAUCAAUAUGAUGCUUGGCGAGGUCCUCCAGUAAAUAAUCAUCCAGGAGGAGGCUGGUAUAGAGGGAACCAACCUUAUGGUGCUCCAAUGGGUCCUGGCGGAUUUCAUGUGGACCCUUUUCCGUUUUAUCCUACGCAAGUUCCACCUGUUCCUGGACAUGAGGCUGGUCCUCGGGGUAGUCACGCUAUUAAUGAAAAGAUGUUCAGGCCUCCAAUGCUUGACCCUUAUGUCCACCCAAGGCCUGGGUUUUAUCUUGGUCCAGUGCCACGUGAAGGCUACUAUGGUCCUCCCAUGGGGUAUGGCGGUCCUGGCAACAGAGACCUGCCUUUUGCAGGUAGGCCUGCUGGUCCUCAUGCUUAUCACCAUCACUCUGGUCAAGGUAGAUAUGAUACGUCUGCAAGUUCAGUGGCUUUGGAACGGAAUGAGCCACCACAUUCUCAAGAAAGACAAUACAAGAUUCUCUUAAAGCCCCAAGAUGAGAGGUUAAAGGAAGAUGAAGCAAAGCGGGAAGAAUUUCUAGGAAAUAGGCCCCGGACUGCAGAGAAGGUAGCUCCACAGAUGCAAAAUUCAAAAAACAACAGGAGAGUAAACAACAAUGAGGCAAGUGGGGAGGUACAACCAAUUAAGGCAGAAAAUGCUGCUCGCGAAGAUCCCAGUUUGAUUCAGAAAAUAGAGGGCUUAAAUGCAAAAAGUGCAUUCACUUCUGGGACCCCUGCAAAUAAAGUUUCAGCAAGAAUGCCUCGAAGUCAUGAAACUGAUAGUAAGAACUCAUUACGGUCUAAACAAGGUGAUCCUCCCACCAACAAAAACGCUGAGCUGGCAGCUAUUAGUGGAAUAUCGGUGGAGCCAAACGACAACCAGCGUACUACGAUGAGAGAGUUAGCCAGGGAGCGUGCUCAACAGAGGCAGAAAGAAGAGGAAGAACGAGCCAGAGAUCAGCGGGCCAAGGCUCUUGCAAAACUAGAAGAAUUGAACAGACGUUCCCAACUGGCUGAGGAGGGUUCAGUCAAGAACUUGGAAGCUGCGCACAGUGCUUCUACCCCUACAUCACGGGAGAAGAAGACCACACUUACAGCUGCAGAUUCUAUAGAAGCUACUGAAGAUCCAGGAAAAACGUUACUGCAAGACGCGAUGCCUUCAACAGACUAUGCAAAUAAUGAGGGCCCUACUCAACAUGAUAACCUUCAACGUCACCGUGAUGGCGCUGCCUCAAAACAGAAGCGCUUGGGCUAUAAACAGAAGCAAAAUAUCGUAUUUGAGAAAAAGUUGACGGAGAGUUCUUUCUCUGAGGCUACCACAGAGGUGGUUGAUGUUGUUCCACCUCCUGAGGUGUCAAACGAAGGUGUUCUAGGUCUUAACUCAGACAUGCCAGCAGCGUCAAGCGUUUCAACCGAGUUAACUUACACGAAAAGCAAAAAUAACAGGAAUGGUAAGAAAAAGCACAGGGUUGAAGAGACAACAGCAAUGAACCCGACAAGUGCUGCCGUUGGAAAAGUUUCAAAAUUCGGAGAUGAGUCAAUUGAGACUGGUAGGGAAAGAGCAGCAGAAAUAGAGUUUGGCUCUUUUUCAGUCCCAAGCUUGGAUGUUAAAGUGUCUGGUAAUUCGUCUGACCAAAUCAGUUCCUUCACGAAUGAAGAGUCGCAAAGCAGAGUAAAAAACAACUGGAAAUCUCAGCAGUUGCGUAGGAAUCCAAGAAACUCAGUGGUAAAUAAGCCAGCAGAGAAAUUUCCUGGUAGCAGUACUGUUAUUUGGGCCCCGGUACACCCACAGCAGAAAGCUGAUAUCUCCACAGGUGUAGGCAGUCAGAACACUGUUCCUGAGUUUAGCACCUCUUCGAAGAGUCUGCAUCAAGGACAGACCAGUUCUAAAAGCAAAAGAGUGGAGAUGGAGAGAUAUGUAGCAAAACCCAUAGUAAAGGAAAUGGCUGAGCAAACCGUUAGUAAGAAUCCAAUAACCGCUGCCUCAGAAAUGAAAGAAAAUUGUGGGGGUGAAGGUACAGGAAUUCUCCAACAUUCUGGUUCAACUGCGGGAAAAUCUGGGUCUCCUUCAAAGUCAAGACAUGGGAAUGGAAGGCAGGGCAAGCAUGGUAGAGAUCAUGGACCAUGGAACCAGCGAGGUUCUGUAGCAUCUACCAAAGGUUUGGAGGAUGGACAAUUUCGAGGAACGGUGAAUAAUCACAGAAGUAACCAAACUGAUCAAGUUGCUGUAGGCUCUUCUAAGGAUCACACCACAGGUAAUGCUGAUGGAUGGAACGAUGGCUGGUAUAUGCCUUCUGAAACGCAUUACUCUGCGGCUAAAGAAGUAGAAGCAAAUGGUCCUGGAACCGUUGCUGUUGGAAAAGAUCAGGGAAUGAGCAUUCACGGUAAGCAGCAUGCUUCCAGAAGCAACAAGGAUGGAGGAAGUAACUAUAACGACCCUAAAAAAGCGAAUAAGAGGGAUUCCAGUAAAGCUCAUGUGCACCAGUCUGGACAUGGGAUAGGUCAACAAGAUCUGCCUGUUGCUUCAAAAGAAAGUCGCGGCCCUGAGGAUCAUGUGUCGCACAGAGCUGCUACCCCUAAUGUUGGUAGGGGAGGUAACCAUGGUGGUCGUGAAUAUACGAGGGACAAAACUUAUGCAUCUCAGAAAAGGGAUGUUGCUGGGUACGGACAUCAAAGGUUUGCUUCAGAACAGAAAAUGGCAUCAGCUGAUACACCAGCCCAGUCUCAAAACCGAUCUACUAGUACGGAGGUCCAGGGUGAGCAUAAUCCGAAUAGCAUGUUCCGAAAGAACACAAACCAUCAUAGCCAACGGUUUGGAAGAGGGCAUCAUGACACACAAGGAGGUUGGGGUUCAUCUCCCCAAGAGAAUAUGCACCAUCACAAUCAGAGGCCACAUUCAAACAGAGAUAGACAGAGGCAGAAUCUGCAUUACGAAUACAAGCCUGUUGGUUCACAUGCGCAUGACGGAGAACAGCAAUUUAAAGACGGAUCUCAGACGGAAGGUCCACCAAGAUACAGGGAGAAGGGACAGGGCCAGCAAAGGCAUGGUGGACAAAAGAUGUACCAACAGGAAAGGGGUAGUGCUGGGAGAAACAGCUUUCACGGAUUAACAGAUGAGAGUAACUAA